AUGGAACGGAGGAAGGAAGAAUGGGGUAUGAUCAUCGCAUUGAUUGAAGCGCUAGUCGAUACGCGAGAGAUUGAAGUGGAAAGCGUGAAUAAGGCUCUACAAGAAAUCCAGGACCGCAUUAUUGACAUUCGUUUGGACAACCCAUUUGUUGACCAGGCGUUGGCAGAAUUCUUCUACCCACAGUUGUCUUUGAUUGCAAAAGUUGACAACAGAUCUACCUAA